AUGCGGGUUACGAUACUGAGUCUAAUCCAUCCGGCUAGUACUGGUACAUUCGGACGUGUCUGCCUUUGCAGGGAGAAGUCAAGAGGGGGCUACCUGGCCGUCAAGAUAUUGGCCAUCAGUGACGUCAUAAGGCUGAAGCAGGUUGAACACGUCCGCAAUGAACGAGAGAUCCUGUCUGGAAUCCGACACCCUUUCAUCGUUAACCUGUAA